CCACAGGCCAGAGGGGAUGGCCGGGCACGAGGACAUGGCGGUGGCUGGCAAGUGCCUUGAGAUCAGCGACUCGAUCCUGUGGGGCAUGAGAGGGUUUGCAAGGGAAGAGUUCCAAGACCUUCGCGCCUUCCAGGCCUUCCUGCACCCGCUCUUGCUCUGUUGCCUCGGUCAGGCUGGCUACGCAGCCAACCUGUUGGGCAAGAGCUGCAACCGGCUGCUGGAGUCGAGCUCGAGCAAGGCCCUUGUUGUCGUGCAGCUGAUCAACCUCUGCACGUGCCUGUCGCAGGUGCACCAGCACGAGGAGGCGUUCCUCGUCAGCGAGAAGGCCUCGUCCCUGCUCAAGGAAGCUGCCGCCAAGCGCAAGCGAGGGUUCGAACUCCGAGCGCUGCCGGAUGCGAAGCUCGUGCGGAUGCCAGUCAACGUGCUGCAGGCACUGAGCAAGUGCCAGAGUGGCAUCGAGGGGCUGUGGAUAGGACGAGAGUACGAAGCAGCGUCAUGCGCGAAGGAGGCGGACGAGGUGCUGAGAGCGGAGGGAGGAGUGUUCAAGGACGUCAGCGAGUGCAUCGCACGGCUGCAUCAGGUCUCUAUGAGGGUGACCCUGACCUCCCCGCAGCUGCUCAGCCUGAGACGGACCCUCACGUUCUCCCCCGCCAGCUCCAACUCCACCGCUCGCAAGAUCACGUUCUGAGCGCAACUGAUGUCAAUAAAGGUCACAACAAGAG